AUGGAGCAAGCAGAAAGAAGAAACCAAACAGCCAUUGUGGAACUGAUCCUCUUAGGAUUUGGGAAUGGCCCUGAACUGCAGCCCCUUCUCUCCCUGGUAUUUCUAGUGAUCUACAUUGCGGCUGUGGCUGGGAAUCUCCUCAUUGUUGUGCUAGUGGUGGCUGAUCCGCACCUUCACACUCCCAUGUACUACUUUGUGGCCAACUUGUCCAGUGUGGAGACCUGCUACAUUUCCACCACCCUGUGCAGGCUGCUGGCCAGCCUCCUGACUGGGGACAAAACCAUUUCUCUUCAGAGCUGCUUUGUGCAAUACUAUUUCUAUAUUAUCCUGUCCAAUGCAGAAUGUCUGCUGCUCACGGCCAUGUGUAUUGAUCGCUACCUAGCGAUCUGCCACCCCCUCCGUUACCCUGCUCUGAUGAACGGUAGGGUCUGUUGCCACAUGGUGGCAUGGGCCUGGAUAGUCAGCAUUCUGGUCUACAUCAUGAUACAAAUUUUCAUGUUGCAAGUAACAUAUUGUGGUCCUAAAGAAUUUAAUCAUUUCUUUUGUGAUUUUGCACCCAUGGUAUUUCCAUUCUGUGGUUCUGCCCAGAGACUGACAAUUCUGACAAAUAUUAUGUCUCUCGUAGUGACAAUUGUGAUUCUUCUGCUGACCAUGGUGUCCUAUAUUUGUAUCAUUGUCUCCAUCCUGAGAAUCUCGUCCACCACUGGGAGGAAAAAGGCCUUUUCCACCUGCUCCUCUCACCUCAUCGUGGUUGCAAUUUACAAUAUAUGUGUAAUUACAACCUAUGUGGUUCCAGUGCUCAACCCUCCUGCAGUCCUGUACAAAAUAUUGUCUGUCUUGUAUGUAGUCCUGAUACCCUUGAUCAACCCUGUCAUCUACUGCCUGAGAAACAAGGAGGUCAAUCAGUCCUUGAGAAAAGCUGUUCAGAAACUGGUUGCUUUCAGACACAGGCAUGCAGUGUGA